AUGUUUUCAUCGUCUCUCGGGACGGCCCUCGUUGGGGCAGUCCUUGCUACAAACGUAGCAGCAUAUCCACCGGCUUAUGCACCUGAAAAGUAUUCUGAUCGUAUAGACGUCGUCCAUACUGGUAUUUCUGCCGGCGUACACUCUGGUGUGGCUGCAAGACACACAUCCCACAAGCAGCUUUGCAGUCAUGACAUUGGCUGCUCGAGACAGAAUGAGGUGUUGUUAGAUACUGGAGUCAGUGCCGCAUUGGACGUAUUUGGUCUUCUUGACCUCGGUCUUGGUGCAGAUAUCGGGAUCAGCUUUGGAAGUGCAUCAGGAUGCCAAAUCAAGUGUGUUGAUUGUCGCACAUGGGGUACAGCCGUCGUCACCAACACCGUGGCCGAAAUUUCCAGCAACAUCAUCGAAGAGGUGAUCGAGUUCUUGGAACGUCCUUACGAAACCAUUGUGGAAGCCGCAAGCUUGGAAUGUUUGAUUUCUUUGGAGGAUGUUGGAGGACACAUCGAACUCAAUGUCUUCGCCGCUGAAUCCGCCACUUACACUCUCAAUAUUUUCGAAGCUGGUCUUAUUGCUGAUGUUUCUAUCCUCGAUACUGUCUCGGUUGGCUUGAACGUUUUCCUCGAUUUGGUUAUCUCCGUCGAUGCUCAAGUCGAUCUCUCUGCUGGUUUCGAAUUCUCCUUCCCAGAAGGUGCUUCCCUUACUGUUGACCUCUUGGCCGGUGCUAUCAAGGACUAUAACUUCGACGGAGCUGUCAUGAAUGACCUUCCUAUCGUUGUUCUUGCUGGUGAAGCCACAUUACAAGCUUCUAUUCGCUGCAGAGUUGAGGCUGGUACUACCGUCUCUCUCUUGGGCAUUGGAUACGGCUUUGAACUUGGUGUCUAUGCCGAUUUGCUUCAAUAUGUCACUGAAAUCGGUAGCACCGAUAAUUGUCCACUUUCCAUCUCGGGUUCCGUCGAUGUCAACAUUGGUGCAUAUGCCGCUUCCGUUGCAAACAUCGACUUUGCUGCAUUCGAGAUUGCACCAACUGCCGCUAUCACUGUGAAUGCUGGUGCCCUAGCUGCUAUUUGCACCACUAGACCAACUUCUACCAGAGCUUUGGGUGCUAUUUCCACUGGGUCUGCUUCCAGUGGCUCUGAUUCCACUGGCUCGGGUUCCAGUGGUUCGGCUUCCAGUGGCUCUGAUUCCACUGGCUCGGGUUCCAGUGGUUCGGCUUCCAGUGGCUCUGGUUCCGACGGUCUUGGUGGUUCGAUCUCUAUUGGUCUUGGUGGCUCAGGAUCUAUCGGUCUCGGAGGAUCUGGCUCUGAUUCCGGUUCGUCAGGAUCUAACUCUGAUUCCGCCCCAUCUGGAACUGGACGUUUCGCGAAUGGCACUGCCCUAACUGCUUCCCGACCAUCCGGUUCUUCCGCCACUGGAUCGUUAAUUGGAACCAUUACUAGUGCAGCAUCUUUGACCACAUCUACAGCUUACGCUACCCAAGUUACUACCAUUACCAGCUGUGCUUCAAAUGUUAUCCAUUGUCCAGCAUCCCUUGCAGGUACCACCGUUGUUACUCAAACCGUUGUCGAUUACACAACUGUUUGCCCAGUCACUGAGGCUGGCAACACCGCGUCAGGAGCAAUUCCAUCAAGCUUGCCAUCACUUACUACCACGGCCAAGACCAAUGUUGCCCCAUCAUCUAUUCCUGGCACAAUCAUUCUUACCUCAGUCGCAUCAGCAAGCCCAUCUACUUUCGAUGUCCCAAGCACAACUCCUACCGCUGUCGUUCCCGUCGGUACUGGACCUUCAAGCGUUAACUUGGCAUCCAUCACCUCCGCCUUAUCCAGUGAACUCUCGGGCUCCUCUCCUUCAUCAAGUGUGAUUGGUUUCGGAAGUGACACUGCUUCAGUUCCUACCCCAAGCAGCACUGGAGAGCUUAGCGGUGAGACCACCUCCCCAGCUGGUUCAUCCCCAAGUGCCUCAGGAUCAAACGGUUCAUCUCCAUCAAGCUCUAUCGCAACUGGCUCAUCCCCAAGUGCAUCAGGCUCUGGAAAUUCUGGAAGCGGCUCAUACCCAAGUGGUUCUCCAUCUGGAAGUGGUGCCUCUCCAAGUGCUUCCGGCUCAAACGGCUCUUCCCCAAGUGCCUCGGGACCAAACGGCUCUUCCCCAAGUGCUUCGGGAUCAGAAAAUGGUUCAUCUCCAUCUGGCAGCGCCGCUGCAUCUGCUCCAUGUGUUUCAUCAGGCGCUCUUCUCUCUGGUCAAACUGCUUGCCCAGUUUCUGGCUCUACUCCACCUCAAACCAGCUCUGGUGAACUCAGCGGACUUUCCACCGCCCCAGCUGGAUCUUCUCCAUCAUCUGUCGCUUCCGGUUCAUCCCCAAGCGCAUCUAACGGAGCUUAUCCAUCUGGAUCAACCGGUUCAUCCCCAAGUGCAUCUAACGGAGUUUAUCCAUCUGGAUCUUCGCCCAAUGCUUCGGGAUCAAACCAACCUUCUGCCAGUGGUUCAUUGCCAGCCGUUUCUUCCAAUGGAUCUUCUCCAUCCGAAUCUGCCAACGUCUCAAGCCCAUCUGGUACUACCGAUUCCAGUGGCGCUAGUGUCACUGGAGGUUCUUCUCCAUCUGCCUCCUCAUCCGAAACUGUUUACACAACCGUUAUCGUCGAUUCGUACACUACUGUUUGCCCUGUUACCAUGACACAAACUAGUGGAGGUGUAACAAGUGUUUUGACCACUUCUACCAUUUCAACUGUCUAUAGCUCUUCCACCAUGACUGCCACCAAGACUUUUGUCGUGAAGCCAUCUGGUUCAUCUCCAUCUGAAUCCGCUCAAAUCACUGGCCCAGCUGCUUCGUCACCAGGAUUCUCAUCUGAGACUGUUUACACUACCGUUAUCGUUGAUUCAUACACCACAAUCUGCCCAGUUACUUUGACUCAAACCUCUGGAGGAACCACUAGCAUUUUGACUACUUCUAGCACCUCCACAGUCUACAGCUCAUCAACCGCUACUGGUACACGUACUAUCACGGUUGCACCUUCCGCAACUUCCGAUUCCGAGGGUGCUAGUGUCAUUCCAUCUGGUUCUGCUCAAGUUACUGGCCCAGCUAUCUCUUCUCCAGUUCAAUCUUCCGAAACUGUCUACACAACCGUCAUUGUUGACUCCUACACCACAAUCUGCCCAGUUACUUUGACCCAAACUACUGGAGGAGCCACCAGCGUUUUGACUACUUCUAGCAUCUCCACUGUUUACAGCACCUCCACUCUUGUUGGUACUAGCACUGUUGUCGCGACCCCAGUAGCCUCCGUCCCAGCUGUCUCUGCUCCAGCUCAAUCUUCCGAAACUGUCUUCACAACUGUCAUCGUUGACUCUUACACUACAGUUUGCCCAGUAACUCUCACCCACACCAGCCAAGGUACAACCAGCUUUGAGACAACCACCAGCUUGUCCACUGUUUACAGCACCUCCACUCGUGUCGCUACUAGCACUGUUGUCGCGACCCCAGUAGCUUCUGCUCCAGGUUCAUCGGCGCCAGCACCAUCAGCACCAGCACCAUCUGCCCCAGCAGGUUCUGAUGCAUGCUCCAAUGCCUGCAACACUGAGUACAACACCUGUCGAAGUGCUCCAGAUGCAAACCGAGCCACUUGUGCUUCUAAGUAUGCAUCAUGCCUCGGAUAUUCUCCGUUUGAUAACAGCGGAUCACUUGUCACCCCAACUGCUUGCUCAGUAGCAUCGACACCAGCAGCUUCCGCUCCAGUAGGCUCCGUCCCAGCUGUUUCCCAAGGUGUUUCUACCGAACAACUUUACAGCACAGUCUCCGUCCAAUCAUACGUUACUGUCUACCCAGUAACUUUGACCCAGACCAACGGAGGAGUCACCAGUCUUGAGACAACAACAAGCUAUGCGACAAUUUUCCAGUCUUCCACCAUCUAUGCCACUAGAACAGUUGCCAUUAAAACACAAGGAACUUCUACCCCAAGCGGUUCUGUCGUUGUUCCACAAGGUAGCGCACAAGCAUCCGGACCAGCCCCAUCAUCUACUUUUGACAAUUCUGGUGUCACUGCUCCAUCUCCAUCUGCCUCUGUCGUUUCCAGCAACGGUGUCCCUGUCGCUUCUCCUCCAGCUUCUACACAAACUGGAUCUAACUCAGGAAACUCUGGAAAUGGAUCCCCAUCUGUUGUUGCAAGUUUGAGUGCCACAACCGGUAGCCCAUCCUCCGCUAUCAACACUAACAGUGGAGAUAUACUUUACAGCACUGUAACAGUUGUUCCAGUUGCUAGUCAAGCAGUCAGCUCAGCUCAAGGUUUGACUACACCUGCACCAGCAACUGGUUCCUCUCAACCAUUGACCUCUGCCAUUGGUGUAUCUGGAAGUGCAGGUUCUGAAGAAUGUGCUCAACCAUCUGUUAUCACCAUUUCUGCUUCUCCUUCUAUUCUCACUGUUACUCAAUCUGCAUCCGUCAUUACCAUCAUUCAAACUGCCGGUGCUAGCUCUCCAUCUGGUGUUGCUUACCCAGGGUCUCCUGAGAACUCUACCGUCUCUGGUCUCCCAGGUAAGGCUGUUUCAGUCUCAUCUUCUCAGGGCAUCACCAUCGCUUCAUCGACUAUGAUUGUUCCAGGUUCAGGUGCAUCAUCCACUAUUGUUGUACCAGGAGCUAUUCUCCCCACUGGAUCUCAAGUCUACCCAGUUGGUUCAUCCACUGUUGUUGUACCAGGAGUUGUUACCCCUACUGGAUCUGGAUCUGAAGUCUACCCAGUUGGUUCAUCCACUGUUGUUGUACCAGGAGCUAUCGCUCCCACAGGAUCUCCAGUCUACCCAGUUGGCUCAUCCAACAACGGUACCUCUGGACAUUAUGCUAGUGGAACAAGCAGUAACAAACCCACUCAACCAACCUCUUCUGUCACUGUCACUGGCAUCACUGCCGCAAGUGGAUCAGCGACUGCAUCCCCAAUCAUGGUUAUCACUGGUUCUGCUAGCCGUUCUAGCAUCUCCAUGGGAUUGAUUGCUGUCAUUAUGGGCGCUGUUGCUCUUUUGUAA